GUGCAACGCGCGCGCUUCGCAUUGAUAUGAUGAUAUCCGGUCGCUAGUAAUAUAGCGUGCUUUCUUGCAUUAAUGCUUUGUUGUGCGUGUGCAUGCUGUGGGAACACUAGCAGUUUGGGAGAAGGAAGACUUUGAGAGAUAUCUUCCACCAUGGCCAAGAAGCUCUUUGUGGGGAACCUUCCCCAGGGGUGUACUAAUGACGAUCUCAAGACCCUUUUCGCAACGAUAGGACAGGUGGUAGAAUGUGAUGUUCUGAAGAACUAUGGAUUCGUGCACAUGGCAACGGAAACUGAAUGCCAAGAGGCGGUCACUCAGCUAGACAAGACUGAUUUCAUUGGCAACAUUAUCCAGGUCCAAUUGUCCACAUCUACCGUGCACAAAUCAACUGGUGUGGGCAACAAAGGAGAAUGCUUCCAGUGCGGUAAAUUGGGGCACUUCUCUCGCGACUGUCAUUUUAACGGGAGUGGAGAAGGAGGAAGGGGCAGAGGUCGAGGAGGUGGAAGAGGAUUCAGAGGUGGCCGUGGAGGAGGGGGUGGUGGUUACCGUGGCGGUGAUGGGGGCGGUCGAGGUAGUUACAGGGGUGGUGGAAGAGGAGGUCGUGAUCGUGCACCAGUAGACUACAAAGACAGAGAUUAUUAUGAAGGUUAUGCCUCUCGUAGACCGCCUCCACCUGAUUCCUACUAUGAACGUUAUUAUGAGGACUACUACAGGCGUCCACCCCCAUAUCCCUACCCUCCACAUUCCCGUGACCCGUAUGCUCGUGACCCCUACAGAGCAAGGAGUCGAAGCCCCCCUCCAGCAAGGAGACCCCUGACCCCACCAAGGUACAGGAGACGUGAUUCCCCACCACCACCACCUAGGGACUUCUAUGAUUACCCUCCAAAUGACAGAUAUGCAGAUUCCAGGAGCCAAUCAUCCACUCACAAUGGCUUUCAACCAGCUGAAGCCCUUGACAUGAUCAAACAUUCCGCUCACCAGAGACCCCAGCAUGAACAUCAAUCCAAUGGCUAUGACAUCAGCAGCCCCAGACCAAGGGGAAGUCCUCAAAGCCGAGGUAGUCCAAGACAGUCCUACCAUCAAGCCAAAGCAUUCCAUGGUGCUCUGGGCAACCACAACAUGUCCUACAGACCAGAGAUGUAACUUGGUUUCUCUCCUACAGUAGGAUGAUAUCGGGCGACCUAGUCUUCAUUCUCCCUGACAAAGGUUGUAUUCAAGGAGAGCUCUCAUCGCUCAUUCAAUCAGGAAUCAAAGUGGAAGGUGGAGAAUCAUGCUGUGACGAUAGGUGUUUGUGACAACCCAAUUCAACAAGUUUGACCUUAUACUGUGUCCACUCAAGAGGCUUGAAGCUGUUCCAGACAUGUUACCAGCACAUAACCUGUUAUUCUUUGUUUCUAAACCAUAUACUAGACAUUUCAACUUCAGGGUAACUUGCUUUACAGAAAAUUAAUCUUUUAAAAUCCUUAUGAGAUUAAUGCAAGUUCAUGAGAUGUUUCUCUUCUAUGAAAGCAUCCUUUCUCAUAAAUGAAGUUAUCUCUGAUUUUAUAAACUGUAUGUGCAUAGGCUUAAGCACAGGAGAUGCAUUGGUUUGCGAAAUCAGUGGUGAAAUUAGAAAUAUUCGGUGUAUGCAGGGCUCCACAUUAACUUAACUUGUUGUAGUUGGGGGGGGGGGGGUGUGGUCUGAACUGACAUAAUUGAACCUAUAUGCAUGUAGGAAUUCUAAUCUUUUGGGAGUCCAGACCUAGAUUUGGGGCACCUGUUGGUGUCGAGCCCUGGGUGUAUGACAAAACUGGUUAAGUCUGUUGAUGUGAAAAGUGUAAUGAAUAAAGUUAUUACUAAAUUAGUUAUGUUCAUUUUUAACUGGAAUAGUUGAUGAAAUCUGUCUCACAGUGUUGUAUUCAAAUUAGUUCAUGGACUAGUCUCGCAUGAUGAGCAGCUGAAAUCAUAAUGUGCCAUUCAUCACUAUUAUCAAACUGCCUUGAGUAAAAGUAUGUAAAUGUGGUAUAUUUCGUCAAUUUUCAUUACUACCCUGGUACUGCCGUUCUUUAUGAUACAUUCCUGUAGGAUUUGUGUAAUGCCAAAUUAGUGAUUUCUAUCAAACAUACCCGGUAUAUUUUUGUAUCUGUUCGUGACUCUUUAUUUAUUUUUUCAAUCUUUUUGGCCUCGAUUCAUAUUGCGAAGUUUAUUCUGAUACUUAAAAUAAAGGAAGAUUGGAAGGGUUUCAGACUUCAUUAGAAAUCAUAAAAGACAAGUUAACAUGUUGGGCUGAUGUAAUAUGAAGAAUGGUACUUUUCAUGAGGAUGCAUUCUGGAAUGCAUUUUUAGAGAACAACAUGUUUUCACUGUGUAUUGAACCUGAUAUACAUUGAGAGGAAUGAAAUUAACCAGUGAGACUUGAAACUUAUUAUUGCCCAUCUUUAUUAGAUUUUUUGUGUGGAAACUACAUCAGAAAUUGUUCAGCAUGCUUGCCUUGUUUUAUCAUUUCUUCACCAUAGGAACUGUAUACCAACUCUUUUAAAAGAUAAAGCACUUUGUCUUGCAAGAUAUACUUCAUUGACAUUAAUGAUGAUAAAUGCAGUUGACUUAAUCAGCAUUGAAUGUGUACACUUCCUGUUCUGUUAGCUCUACAGUGUUCGAUAACAAAACAAAAAGAGUUUAUUAUUUAAAAUUUCCACACUUUAGACUCAAUUUCAACCGUGACAAAGAUCAUGGAAUAUUGUAGGAAUCGCAUAUGUUUCCAAUAUGUUCAUUUGAACCAACUUUAUGACCCCAUACCAAAACUUUGUAAUACUUUUAAGGAUCAAAUAGUAUUACUAUGAAUUGAAACAAUCAUAAACUUUUUUCUUCCUGACAGAUUAUAGGACAAGGUUUCAUCUACAGAAUGAUAAUUUCUGUUAAUGGUUAUUUUUGUGUGAUAUUGGAAAUCCCAACAUAAGUACACCAUCAUUUGCCAAAGAAUAUGAUAAUGUACAGUACUUGUUUUUUAUGCAGUUUAAAAAUCUAUUUCAGUAUUAUGACACUUUGAUACAUACACUUUUUCCAAGAGAAAUGUUUUUGUUGUUUCCAUAUGCGAUCAUUAAAUGCUGAAUCGUUUUUUUCUAAA